AUGAAGAACCUCAGGAUGUGGCUCGGUACGGUGGUGGUGAUUCUAGUAGCUAGCAGCAUCAGCAUCUUUAGCAGUAAUGUUCAGCGCUGUUCCUGCGUGUUCGGACCGCCAGACUAUCUCUGUCCGACGGCGGCAUUGCUGCAGGUGUAUCUCUCGCACGAGCUGUACUGCACGCGGUACUACAAGUGUACGGAUGGACGUGCGAUCGAGUUCCAGUGUCCUUACGGGUUAUACUUCGAUGCGGUGAACAAUACUUGUACGUGCGACUUUACGCUGUGUUACCGUGCCGAUCCGUGCAUACAGUUCGUCGAUAGCUGCCGAUGUUGCUCCCAGCAGUUCGACAAUACAGGACUGGCACCAGAGAAUUUUUACGUCUGCUAUAACGACGGGUACGCCGUUGCUACAACCUGCCCAGUAGCAUUCGAUCCUUGCAGCGAAGAAACCAUUCAGUUGGAGUUUAUUAAUCAAAAGUGUGAAGUCCCAGCACUAACGAACGGGCACGUACUGCGCGUAAGCAGCGAUACCGUCUUCAGAACCUCGUCGCAACAGUUCUGA